AUGAUGCAGGGGGUGAUCCGGGACAAAGGGUGCCCGAAGGCACAUUGCUUGAAGCGGCUGACCAGAGCCGCCAAAGUUCAGGAGUACUGGUCCCCCGCUCCCCUGCCAGAGGGGGAUGCAGGGAAAGACGCCGCCGCCCCGGCUAAUCUGAAGGAGCCGGAGGCGGCCGAUCUGGAGGUAUCGUCCGACUCGUCCGUUGGGGGCGAGUCGGAUGUUGAAGUGAUAGGGGCCUCUGUCCCUCCUAAUCCAUCUGCACUGGGACAGCGAAGGAGGAGGUGGGCCAUCCAGAAGAUCUCGGCCUCAAAGGCUGGCAUGAGGGGAGCCCUGCCGAAGGGCGCCCUUGCCGCCGCCUCGAGGUCGGGGAGAGAGGAGCCGGGGGCAGAGGAUGCCCCCGAACUGUCUGGAGAAGGCGCCAGUGCUGGGAGAGGCGGUGCUGGGGCUGAUGCGCAUGGGAGGCAUCGGUUCUCCCCUGCCCGUGGCCCGGUCGCAACUGCCUGCCGUGCCGCUGAAGCCGACGUUCAAUGUGUGCCACAGUGGGGGAAGAGAAAGGUGGAGGAGUCCGCUAAUGAGGCCCGUCGGGUCGAGGUGGCUACAUCCCCUCCGUCGGUGGGGAGCCCACCACGGUCCCGCGCUCACUGGGAGGUGGCGCGAGUUAAGGAGGAGGCGGCCGACCAGGUCCGGCGAGCCGCAGCUGAGAAGGCCGCAUCAGUAGAGGAGGCCGGGCAGUCUGCGGCUGAGAAGGCCGUAGCGGUGGGAGAGAUGCAGACGCCACCCGCGUCACCGCCGAGUCCGCCACAAGGGAGCCCUGGCAGGGAACUGCUCCCUGCUGGCCGGGACCAAGCACUGCCCAGGGAUGACCCCGUGGAGCACUGA